AUGGCAACUAACGGAAACACGAAUCACCAGGGUCCCUCUGACCAGUACACAGCUUCAUCCGCAGCGAUAGAGACCUCUGGUGGUUCUAACCCGAACAGCAACCUGUCUAAGGAUGAGGUUGGGUGGUACUUCGUCGAGCAAUAUUAUACCACGCUAAGCAAGUCUCCGGAGAAGCUCCACCUUUUCUACGGCAAGCGAUCCCAGUUCGUCUACGGACUUGAAGCCGAAGUUGCCAACGUUUCCGUGGGCCGUCAGGCCAUUCAAGACCGCAUCAAGCAGCUUGACUUCCAAGACUGCAAAGUCCGUAUCUCCAACGUUGACUCCCAGGCCUCAUUCGACAAUAUUGUCAUCCAAGUGAUCGGAGAGACGUCCAACAAGUCAGGGGAGCCAAAGAAGUUUGUCCAGACCUUUGUCCUUGCUCAACAACCUUCUGGUUACUUCGUCCUUAACGACAUCCUGAGAUACGUCAAUGAGGAGAACGACGAGGAGCCGAUCGACCCCGUUGCCCAGGAUGCCCCAGUAGCUGAGAGCGAGAUCGCCGAGAAAGCCCCAGUUUCCAUCGAGGCCGAGGCUCCGAAGAUCGAGGAAACAGAACAGGAGAAGCCUCUGGACCCUACUGUCGUUGACAAGAAGCUUGAGGAGGUUACCAAGGAAGCUCCCCCAAGCUUCACUGCCGAGACUCCUGCGGAGCCUGCUGCCGCAGCUGAGGAACCUUCCAGCAAGCCGGCGGCCGUUGACCCAGAGAAGGCUGUGCAGGAGGUGGCCGAGGAAGACACUAAGAAACCAGAGACUCCCAAGGACCCCAGCCCUACCCCUGUUGUCACCCGCCCUCCCGCGCCCGCUGCUACCGAGCCAGAGAAGCCGAAGGAGCCUGCCAAACCGAUGACAUGGGCGAGCCGGGCAGCCGCUGCGGCCGGAACCCCUCGUGCUAUUGUCCCUCUCCCCAAGACCGCUACUCCUCCAGCCCAGCCGAAGCCAGCAACUCCCACAGCAGCUACACCUCAGACCAGCGCACCUGCUCAGCCUACAGAGUCAACACCUCCGUCCUCCAAGGAAUCCGCUGGUGAGUGGCAGACUGCUGGUGCGGACUCCAAGCGACAGAACAGGCCUCAGUCCAUCUCUGCACCGCCGCCGGAGAAGGAGGGCACAAUGGGAUAUGUCAAAUAUGUCACGGAGAAGGUGAAGGCAGAUGACCUCAAGGCUGCUUUGGCUAGCUACGGUGAACUCAUCUAUUUCGAUAUCAAUCGCAGCAAGAACUGCGCUUUCGUCGAGUUUGCCACGACUGCAGGUUAUCAAGCUGCCGCCGCGGCUAGCCCGCACGUUGUGAAUGGAGAAAACAUCGUCGUCGAGCCCCGACGGCCAAAGGCGAGCGCAUAUGGCGGAGCUAACUACAAUUCCGGAAGGGGCAGCAUCUCUGGUGGACGUGGACGUGGUGGCUUUGAGGGUGGACGAUCCGGCAGCCAAGGGGGCGGCCGGGGUGGCUUCACGGGCCAAAACCGUGGUCGGGGAGGCGGUGCACGUGGCCGUGGCACCUCUCAGGCGGCAAACGCCUAA